UUUGAUAUCUCAUCCCUUCGCCUUUUCAUGAGACUCUUCCAACCCUACAUACCUGUCCUUCUGCAGGAUAGUAGCCCUGCCCUGAACCUGAUCCCACCACUGGGCCCUGGGAAGAGCUUAGCACAAGGAUUGCUUUGAAAAACCCCCAAUAUGACAGUUGCCACUGGAGAUCCUGCAGAUGAAGCUGCAGCUCUUCCCGGUCACCCGCAGGACACGUACAACCCCGAGACCGACCAUGAGUGCUGCGAGAGGGUGGUCAUCAACAUCUCGGGGUUGCGCUUCGAGACGCAGCUCAAGACGCUCGCCCAGUUCCCAGAGACCUUACUAGGGGAUCCUAAAAAGAGGAUGAGAUAUUUCGACCCUCUCCGGAACGAGUACUUCUUUGACCGGAACAGACCCAGUUUCGACGCGAUUUUGUACUAUUACCAGUCCGGUGGGAGGUUGAGGAGGCCGGUUAAUGUGCCCUUAGACAUCUUCUCGGAAGAGAUUCGAUUCUACGAACUGGGGGAAGAGGCGAUGGAGAUGUUCCGAGAGGAUGAGGGCUACAUCAAAGAGGAGGAGAGGCCGUUGCCCGAGAACGAGUUCCAGAGACAAGUGUGGUUGCUCUUCGAGUACCCCGAGAGCUCGGGCCCUGCCAGGAUUAUAGCUAUUGUCUCCGUCAUGGUGAUUUUAAUCUCCAUCGUCAGCUUCUGCCUGGAAACAUUGCCCAUUUUUCGGGAUGAGAACGAAGACAUGCACGGCAGCGGGCUGAGCCACCUCCCCUAUUCCAACAGCAGCAUGGGCUACCAGCAGUCCACCUCCUUCACAGACCCCUUCUUCAUCGUGGAGACACUUUGCAUCAUCUGGUUCUCCUUCGAGUUCCUGGUGAGGUUUUUCGCCUGCCCCAGCAAGGCUGGGUUUUUUACCAACAUCAUGAACAUUAUAGACAUCGUAGCCAUCAUCCCCUAUUUCAUCACCCUGGGGACGGAGCUGGCCGAGAAGCCGGAGGAUGGCCAGCAAGGCCAGCAAGCCAUGUCCUUGGCCAUCCUCCGAGUCAUCCGCUUGGUGCGGGUCUUCAGGAUCUUCAAGCUCUCCCGGCACUCCAAGGGGCUGCAGAUCCUCGGGCAGACUCUCAAGGCCAGCAUGCGGGAGCUGGGCCUCUUGAUAUUCUUCCUCUUCAUCGGCGUCAUCCUCUUCUCCAGCGCCGUCUACUUCGCCGAGGGAAAGCCAAGGAAAAGUUGA